AUGGUGAAGGUCUCGGAGAGCGAACUGAGCGACAAGGAGUUGGAGGAAUUCCUGUCGGACGACAGCGACGAGGGAAAUGAGGAACUGUUAAAUAAAAAGUAUACGGAGAAAGAAGCACUGAUUACGCUGGAAACCAAAUUUCCCAAAAUAGUUACGAUAUUAGGUAUUCCAAAGGUAGAGGAAGAGAAGCAUAGCAGAUUGGCGGAGGUGUUGAAGAAAUUAUUUAUAAAACAUUUGAAUGCCAAAAUAAGUGACUCCUCCUUAUUGAACAUAAAAAUAUACAUGCCUGUAGAUGAUGACAAGAAAACCAAAGGGAUCUGCUUCGUAACCUUUAAUGACAGUUUCCAGGCAAACGAAGCAGUGAAGAUUCUGAACAAGUUGAAGCUGGAUGCAAAACACGUGUUAACCGCUUCGAAAAUGGAUGAUAUAGAAAAUAUUAUAAGUAGAGAUGAACACGUUAUGCCAAUAAAUGUCGUUGGUUUUACGAGAGAAAAAAUCAGAUGGUGGUUAUAUGAUGAGAGGUGUAGAGAACAGUUCAUUGUCCGGUACGAUUCUCACUUUGAAGUUCACUGGUUUGAUCCCCUGGAAAAAGAACCACAACUCAUUUACACUACUUAUAAGAAAAGUGCACCUUUCUCCAGUGUGCAGUGGAGUAACCAAGGAUCCUAUUUAGUUAGUUUUCACAACCCUGGUAUAGCUCUCUGGGGGGGAGACAACUUCGAAAAAUUAAUUCGAUUGCAGCAUAAAAGUGUAAAGGAGAUUAGUUUUUCUCCCAAUGAAAAUUAUGUUCUCACAUGGGAUGGUACCCCUGCGUCUUUGAGAAAUGAAAAAUCCAUAUGUAUUUGGAGAGUAAUAACAGGAAAAUUGUUGCGUUCGUUUAUUACGCCAGAAUAUAGCGCCAGGGAUAAGAGCUACCAUUACUUUUUGUGGAGUCCAGAUGAUAAAUACAUUGCUUGUAUGGGAAAGCAGAAGGAGGUGUAUGUGUAUGAGCUGCCAAGUAUGUUGUUGAUGGAAGACCACGAAAAGAAGAGGACUCCUCUUAAGUACACUUUUGUGAAGGAAUUCGAUUGGUCUCCUGUUGAUAACAUUAUGUCCAUAUGGAUUCCAGGGACGAAAACUACCCCAGGAACAUUAAUCCUGGUAGAUAUUCCCUCUAGGAAGGAACUUGUGUCGAGAAAAAUAUAUGAUGUGGUGCAUGCAUCUAUACAUUGGCAAAGUAAGGGAGAUUACUUGUGUCUGAAAACUACCAUCGAAAAAAAGAUUAGUAAGAAGAGCAAAAAGGAAUUCACCCAAUUAGAAAUUUUCCGCAUCAGAGAAAAGAACAUCCCCGUGGAUAAUGUUCAAAUAGAUGGAAUCAAAACGAAGCAAUUCCAUUGGGAAGAAUCCAGUAGCAAUAGAUUCGCUUUAAUUGUUAGAGAUGAAGCCACUAGUAGACAACAAAUUAGGUUUUACAAAAUUGAGAACAAGGGCACAGCUAGAAAUACUAAAUGGAUUAGCACCUUUGAUAUUAACAGCCAGAUGAACUUUAUGCGUUGGUCACCACAGGGAUCCUACUUCAUUUUAGCUUCAUUAGGAUCAGAAGGUCUUCUCUACUUCUGCCUUCUCAAUUCCAAUGAUGAAGUGGAAGUGAUACAUAAAGAUGAACACCUCCUGGCGAAUUCCGUUUCGUGGAGCAACUGUGGAAGGUAUCUAGUCACAUCAGUCUCUUGCAUGGCAAACGCAGGUGGCUCCAACUAUAGGGAAGAAAAUAGCGAAACGGGAUUUUUCAUAUGGUCUUUUCAAGGCAGGUGCUUAAUGACCAUUAAGAAGCCUUCCUUCUUUCAGUUUUUCUUUAGACCACACCCCAAAUCUCUGUUCAGUGACAAGCAAAAAGUCGACAUAAAAAAUAACUUAAAGGACUAUUCCAAAAAGUUCGAUGUUAUGGAUGAGAAGGUUAGACAAGCCAAACGAAAUCAACUCAUAACUGACCGAAAAACUGUGGAAGAGUCAUUUAACGAGAAAAUAGAGAAAGUCACUCAACUUUUCCACUCCUUCAAGGAGUAUGAAGAAUUCAAGAAAAAUUGGGAGCAGUUUGAGAGCCAAUUCGAAUGGGAGGAGAAAACCGUCGUCAUUGAACAUGUCCUCUCAGUCAAACAGGAAAUAUUUGCAUAA